UUGUGCCAAUAAUUGAAUAUAGAAUUGAAUACAGAAUAUAUAGAAAUAUAUAGAAUAUAUAAAAAAGACAUUUGAAUAUUUUCUUUGGUGGGAGUAAACUCGAAAAGAUCGGCAUUUUUUUACAUUCUAAGUUAUGUAGAAUAAUAUAGAAAUUAUAAGAGGCUCAUAAGAAGUUUUCUACUGGAAUUGCUUAUAUCAAUUUUCAUGGUACAAAAAUAUGCACGAAACAACACCUAAUGCCAAUGAAAGUAGUCAUGGAUGUUUAUCAAAAAUAACAAACACUAUUAUCGGUUUUCUUGAAGAUUCAUUUGGCAAAUUUGGAUUCAUUGUCGGAACUCAUCCUGUAAAGACUAUACUAAUUGCUGUUGUAUUUGCUUUGUUAUGUCUCGCUGGUCUGUUACGACACGAAGAAGAAAGCAGAGGUGAAAAACUGUGGAUAGAUCAAGAUUCAACAUUUAUUGUCGACCAAACCUGGGUUUUGAAGCAGUUCCCUACAAAAAUACGCUAUACAAACUUAAUUGUCAAAAGAAAUGAUGUUUUAACACCCCAAGGUUUGUUAGAGCUUCUAAAGAUUGAUAAGCUGAUAAAAGAUGUCUACAAAGAUUCUAAAAACACUGGUUUACAUUGGUCGAAUAUAAGUUACAAUUCUCCUCCACAAACGUUGCUUCAAUUUUUUUCUCCUAAUGAAACUGUCAUUGGAUUGCUAACUAAAGAUGAUAUAGUACAAACGUUGAACCAACCCUCUUUAAUCAGCUUAGUCACAAAUCAAAAGGAAAAUGUGUCGCGAUAUUUGGGAGACAUCACUGGGAACAGUACGCACAAGGUUGUCAAAGCUGGUGUAACAAAGUUGAUUUAUUUUUUGAAAAGAAACGAUGUGUUAGAUAGUAAAGGUGCAUGGAAAGAUGACCUUGGAUCCAGUUGGGAAAAACAGUUUGCAGUGGAUCUUGCAGCAAUGUCUUUUCCAGAAUCUACAGUUUAUUUUAGUACGAGAGAAAGUUUGCUAAAGGCUGGCUUAGAUGCUAUUGGAAAUGAUUUCGGACUGUUAUUUUCCGGUUAUGCCCUUAUUAUUGCUUAUAUCAUGUUUCAACUUGGUAAAUUCUCGAGGUUGCAACAUAAGGUGUGGCUUGCAAUUACAGGUGUGUUAUGCGUUGGUCUUGCUGUAGGUGUAUCAUAUGGUCUAUGUGCAGCUGCUGGAGUAAAGUAUGGUCCUGUGCAUUCAGUACUGCCAUUUUUAUUACUUGGUAUUGGUGUCGAUGAUAUAUUUGUUAUUAUUCAAACAUGGGACAACCGAGCAGGUUCAAUGGACGAUGAUGAACCUAUUGCUAAGAAAAUUUCAAGAACAAUGAGGCACGCGGGCGUAGCUAUAACUGUUACCUCUUUUACGGAUGUGUGCGCGUUUUUAAUUGGUGCAACUACGGUAUUACCUGCAUUAAGAUGGUUUUGUAUAUACGCUGGUGUAGGUAUUUUGAUGCUAUAUAUAUUCGCCACCUCAUUCUUUGUUGCUUUUCUCGCCAUUGACGCCAAAAGACAGCGCAUGCGUCGUGAGGCAUGUUGCUAUGUCAAACUUUCUGACACGUGGCAACCUCUGGAAUGUUCGAAGGCGUUUUAUCUUCGCCAAAUGAUUAAUUUUUGUAGUAAAGGUCUGUUAAGCAUCCCUGGUAAGGUUGUGAUCAUUUUACUCACUUGCACGUUGUUAGGAUUUGGAAUUUAUGGUUUGUUCCAAUUGAAUCAAGAUUUUGAUCCUGACUGGUUUCUACCUAGAGAUAGCGACGAAGUAAAAUAUCGCAACGCUCAUAGACAGUACUUUCCCUCUUUUGGAAUUCAUUCUGCAGUUUACAUCGGAGAAAUUGAUUACUUUCAAGAGCAACAACAACUGCAUAAAUUAUACACUAAUAUCAAAGCAGAGUCGAGUAUUUUACCCUCUACGGUGAAGAGUUGGUAUGAGGACUUCAUCGCUUCGGUUAAAAGUGAUCCUUCAAAAAUAUCAAGCAUAAAGAAUGAUACGAUACCAAACAAAGAAGUGUUCUAUAGUUACUUGAAAUCGUACCUGGACAGCAGUAAAAAAGUAACUGGUGCCAACGUCGUGUAUAAGGGGCUUAACAAUUCUGUUAAAAUAAAGGCUUCAAAGUUUCUAAUGACUCAUGCGGAUAUAGAAGGAACCAAUAAUCAAAUCAACGCUAUGGACAGUAUAAGGGAUGUAGUUUCCAGUGUUCAUUUUCAAACAGGUCCACCUGCUUUUGCAUAUGGUGCUAAUUACAUACAAUGGGAAACAAACAGAAUUAUUGGUCAGGAAUUGGUACGAAAUCUGUCACUGGCAUCGGCUUGUGUGUUUUUAGUGACUCUUCUUCUUAUUGCGAAUCUUUGGACUUCAUUAUUAGUGCUAGUAUGUGUGGCCUGUACUUUGGUUGAUAUUUGUGGUUUCAUGUAUUUCUGGGAUCUCAGCAUCGACACGAUUAUCUCGACCAUCUUGGUGAUUGCACUUGGUUUCGCCGUUGAUUAUGCUGCUCAUAUUGGACAUGCUUUUAUGGCCGCACGUAAAGGAAGUAGAAAUGAUCGUGCCAGAGAAGCAGUAGUUGAGAUAGGUCCAGCUGUGUUUAAUGGAGGUAUAAGUACCUUCCUGGCCUUCUGUUUGCUGGCUGUUUCUGAAUCGUAUGCUUUCCAAACCUUUUUCAAGGUGUUCUUUCUCGUGGUGACGAUUGGUUUGUGGCAUGGUCUGGUAUUUUUACCUGUUUUGUUGGGAAUCGCAGGCCCAAAACCGUAUAGUACAAGCAUAGAGACUGGUGAAGAAGUGGCUGUAUCACAUGAUAACGGAAAGGUUGACGCAAAUAAAAAGACGCAUUAUGAGAUGAAUAAAAACAUGGCUAUCGACAACACGUCUUAUAUGGCAACAUGAUCGGGAAAAGACUUAAAAAAGGAUUUGCUAUUUGCAUGUUUUAAUUUGUUUGAAGACUAUUUUCACAGUUGUAAAUAGUUAAGGCUUGUCUCCGCUUAACGGAAUAUAUUAUGCGGAAUUAACUUAAGCGUUUUGAUUGGAUGGCGGAAAUUUCCACCGAUAAAAAGUAAAAUUAAUUUCUAACGGAAAUUUCCUCUACACCAAUCGGAAUCGUUGUAUAAUGCGCUCAGUACGGAACAUUCUUUCCAGGGAAAUUGGGAGUUGAAAGAAUUGUAGGUGUGGUCUACUACAAAAUAUAAUGGAAGAAAGUCUUCAUAUCGACCGUGCACCUUGUUUAAAAUGCAAAAUGUCUACAAGAAUGUAAUCAUUUUAAGCAACAGGCUUGGACACCGUGUGGUCAGUAAGCAAAAAAUGUAUAAGACAAAGGGAAAAGACACUAUUAACCAAAUAAAUGCUUAACAGUACGCUAUAAUUUUUAUUUUCAUUUUCUUUAAAUUAGCUAUCCGUCUGAUCCAAAUAACACCUAAAAAAAGAAACAAUGUUAAAAAUUUGUAAAAUGUCAGGCUGGCUUUUCUACGAUCAGGACUUGCCAGCAUUUGUCAGCUCAAAUGCAUAAUUAUGAGAAAGUGAUGGACACAUUAAUUAAGCUUAAAUUCUCAUAAUAACCAAUUCAUCUGAUUCUUGGAAAAACAAUUACAAUUAGCUACAUUGUUAUAUAGUAUAUGAGAUUAUAUUUUUCGUUUGACUUUAAUGAGAGUGUGUUGGCCGACCAGCACUCAGGGCCAUGUUUCUUUAACAUUUGCACCACGUGACUUUAAUUGGAAUGUUUUGGCCAACCAGCACUCAGCGUCGCGUUUAUUUAACAUUUGCACCACGUGACAUUAAGGAGAUUGUAUUGGCCAACCAACACUUCGCGUCCCGUUUCCUUUUUACAUUUGCACCACGUGACUUUAACCCCACGUGUGAAAACAAUUUUUUACAUUUUUAACUAAUUUCAAUUAUGUUUACGUGUUGUUUGUUGGAUACUAAUUGUUUACAUAUAUAUAUUUAUUUAUUUAUUUUUGUGUUUAAGGGAUUUUUUGUAAUUACAUAGUGAAAAAAGAUAAUUUUUUAACAAGUA